AAGAGGACACACCUAAACUGCCUCUGUGAAUUGUGAAAAAGUUCGAGAGAGAAAGAAGGCCAAGCUGGAAUUAGUCAUUCUUUUACCACUGGACCUGCAGACCAUUUUGACUUCAAUUCAUAGAGGUCAUAGAAAAUGCUGGGAUUUAUACAGAAACGUAUCCAGAACUGUCUGGCGGAGCGUAUGAGCCGCAGAACCAGGCUAGUGACCAAAGAUGGUCGCUGCAACAUCGAAUACGGGAACUUCAAGUACAGUAAACACUUUGCCUUCCUUGCCGACUUCUGGACCACAUUUGUGGAGAUCAGGUGGCGUUUUGUUCUCUUCCUCUUCAUCGCCUCCUUCACCCUCAGCUGGUUCAUUUUCGGCCUGCUGUGGUAUUGGAUUGCCCGCAGUAAUGGAGACUUGACGUGGCAGAACCCCUCAUCAGAUCACGCUCCAUGUGUUGAAAAUGUCGUAGGACUCACCACAGCAUUCCUCUACUCCCUUGAAACCCAAACGACCAUUGGGUAUGGUGGUCGAGCGCUGACACCUCUCUGCCCGGGUGCUGUGGCUCUUAUCAUCAUCCAGUCUCUCCUUGGAGCCAUUAUAAACUGCUUCAUGUGUGGAGUCAUCCUGUCCAAGAUCUCUUCACCCAAAAAGAGGGCAAAGACCAUCACGUUCAGUGACAUGGCAGUCAUCAGCCCCAAAAAUGGUACUCUUUGCUUGUCAAUCAGAGUAGCUAACCUGCGCAAGACCCUGAUGAUAGGAAGCCAGAUCUAUGGCAAGCUGUUGAGGACGACAAACACACCAGAUGGGGAGACGAUCAUCAUGGACCAGGUGAACAUUGAGUUCAUGGUGGACGCUGGGAAGGACAACCUCUUCUUCAUAUGCCCUCUCACACUCUACCACAUCAUCGACAAGAGCAGCCCAUUCUUUGAGAUGGCAGUGGACACGCUCAACAAACAAGACUUUGAGCUGGUCGUCUUCUUAGACGGCACUGCAGAGUCCACCAGCUCCUCCUGCCAAGUCCGGACCUCCUUUGUUCCACCGGAGAUCAUGUGGGGCUACAAUUUCUUACCCAUCAUCUCCAGAAGCAAAGAGGGCAAAUACAGAGUAGAUUUCUCAAACUUCUCCAAGGUGGUGCCUGUGGCCACAGCACACUGUGCCUACUGCUUCCACAAUAUCAAAGGUCAUCACCACCACUCCAAAGAUGGACAUGACAACCAGGGCUUUGAGGUGAUUGAUAUCGAGUCCCCAAAUGUAACCAAGAUGUAAGGAGAUGGACAUGUGUAUCUAAACACAACAUAACAAGACUGGCAGAGGCCUUUACCUCUCAUUGAAGAACUCCUCAAGACUCCAGAUAACUAACAGCUGAUGGGGGCAGCCAGGGUUACCUAAUGGCAGACAGUGCAUUGUGUAGCAUUUAAAUACCAAAAACCUACUUAUAUGUCAUUCUAUUGUGUUUAACGCAGAUAAGAAAGACGUCUGUGGGGCAGGACAGUUAUUGUGGACUAUUUGUAUGUCAAACCACACCUGUCACUGUCUGCUGACCAAAAACCUGUUUUCAAAAGGGAGGUCAGGUCAUGCAAGGUGGAUAUGCUACUGAUCAAAAUCAGAAAGAGAGAGUGUCUUCAAUCACUCACCCAUGAGCUUGUGCUGUAAAUAAAUUGUAGUUGUUCUAAUUUACCUCCAUCCUAGCACACCGACCAACUGAGUAUGCAGAAAAUGAAAAUGUAUUAUACUAUGUGUUUGUAUAUUUAUGUUACUUGAAAGACGAGUGUUUGGAGUUAUGUUGAUGUCACAAGUGAGAAUAAGUAAAGUUUUAUUAACUUGUGCUACUGUAAGCUGCUCUGCACAAGUAGACAUUUGGACUUAAAUCAUUUGAGUAUACUUGACAAAUCAGGCACUGAGGCACUAGCAAAGGAUUGGACUUUGUGGCCACACUUUCAAAGGGUAGGUGAUGUAGUUGUGGUUUUCUCCUCAACUUAAGACAUUGCCGGAGAACAAAUAUACCAGGAAACACUUAAUUUAUGGCUGCAUACAGUACUGUGUAUAGUUUGUUUAGACAUUUUUUUUUGUAUUUGAUC